UCAUACAUGAGGUAGAAGUAGACAACAACCAACAAUUGAUGGAGCAUAAGAGCUUUUUUAGGUGGUCUCCAGACAAAUUGUGGGUUUCAUGUUGAAUCAAUAAAUUGAUUUAGCAAAAUAAUAUCGUUUUUUCAAUUAUGUCGGUCCAUGCCCGCAGGCCACAGCUAUAUUAAACAUUUAGAAUUAUAUAAAAGCUAAUUAAAAUCAUGCACAGAGCAUUGUUGCUGUCUUCAUAUUACACUUUAGGAUACUUGAUAUUUAAUUUCGGUUUGGGUUAUCUCGACGACUAAAACCAAACCAAAUUUACGACAUUUUGGUUUGUAGCAGUUCUAGUUUUAAAAUUUGGUCUCGAAUGGUUAUGCGUUUUCAUCCUUACAACAGUUUGAAUCCAACCAAUCUCACCAAGUGGUUCAGAUUUUUUUGUUAAUUCGGUUUGGUUUAGAUUGGUUAGGUUUACCCGUAUUGAACCAUAUAUAACCAAAAUCAACUCAAAACCAUUUUCUUCUCCUUUCUCUGUUUCACUAACUCCCACUUUACUCAAAAGAGACUCAAAAACUUUAGUGUUUUCUUCAUCAGCCCAAUAAGGCAAUAAUGAACGAAGAGAUGAGCGGUGAGUCGCCGGAGAAUAACAAACACGUAAAGGAACCGACGAUGCCGGAAAAGAUCGAUUACGUGUUCAAGGUGGUUGUCAUUGGAGAUUCUGCUGUUGGGAAAACGCAGCUCCUCUCACGUUUUACGCAGAACGAGUUCUGUUAUGAUUCAAAAUCAACCAUUGGUGUUGAGUUUCAGACAAGGACCGUCACUCUUCAGGGCAAACUCGUCAAAGCUCAGAUCUGGGACACCGCCGGUCAAGAAAGAUACAGAGCCGUGACGAGCGCCUAUUACAGAGGUGCGUUAGGUGCGAUGGUGGUUUACGACAUUACCAAACGCGUCUCAUUCGACCACGUGGCACGUUGGGUUGAGGAAUUACGUGCUCACGCCGACGAUUCGGCCGUGAUCAUGCUCGUCGGAAACAAAGCCGAUCUCGCCGUUGAUAAACGCGCCGUUCCUACGGAGGACGCCGUCGAAUUCGCUGAGACUCAACGGCUUUUUUUCUCGGAAGUCUCGGCAUUAAGUGGCGGAAACGUCGACGAGGCUUUUUUCCGUUUACUCGAGGAGAUUUUCAGCCGCGUUGUUGUUUCGAGAAAAGCUAUGGAAUCUGACGGCGGAGCCCCCGUGAAGCUUGACGGUUCGAGGAUUGAUGUGAUCUCUGGUUCGGACCUUGAGAUUAGUAAGAUCAAGGAACAAGCUUCGUGCUCGUGUUGAAUGUUGAGUGAUGGGCCAGAAAACCAAAACACAUAAAGCCAAUUAUUGGGCCUUCUUUAAGCCCACAUAUGACUCAGGAUCUUUGUUUGGCUUUUCAUAUUACGGGUGGUGCUUAUAGUUGCUAAUUGCUAUCAAAAAGCUAUUCAUGUGUCAUUCGUAAGCUCUUUGACAUUCUUGUAUAUGUAAAGGAAAACACAAUUCUUUUAUUCUGUCAAGUUCUAAGGAGUUCUAUUCCA